GUGAUGUCAAUGCUCAAUGUUGGGUGCUCAGUGUCAAUGCAAUGCAGGCUUUGAGGGUGAUGGCCGUCAAUGCCGCUCUGCUCCCAAGUCUGGCACUAUUCGAGGAGACCCUCACUUCCAAACUUGGAAUGGGAAGUGGUAUGACUACAUGGGAGCCUGUGAUCUCAUUCUUCUGGAUGCCCCCAAGCUUGAGGAUGGAUUCCCUCUGUUGGUGGUCAUUCGCACCACAACUAGAUACGAUUACAGCUAUGUGGAAAGUGCAGCCAUCAAGAUUGGAGAUGACAUCUUGGAGGUUGCCAGUUUUGGAGAACACUUUUUUUUAAAAUGGAGUGGCUGGAGUGACAUGUUCUUGGGUCCUUUUCCAGUUCACUACAAGCAAGUUGAUAUCCGGACCCAUACCUUUGACAUUUCCUUGGGUGGUGGGGAAACUAUUACACUCAAGAGCUACAAGGAUCUUGUCUCUGUCAAGCUGGACAAGAGGUUCUUGGGGAGCCAAGGAAUGCUAGGAGAUUAUGCGACUGGAGAGACCAUGUCUCGGGAUGGGACCAUGGUUGUUACCGACCCUGAUGUUCUUGCUGCCGAGUGGCAAGUCCGUCCGGAGGAUGAUGCGAUGGUGUUUCAGACUGCCCGAGCCCCUCAGUAUCAUCAGUCCUGUCAACUCGCACGGCAAUCCAAGACCACCAAAAGCAGACGUCUUGGUGAAUCAACUGUUCCUGAGGAUGACGCAAGAGACGCCUGUGCUGGUGCCAACAACAUGGAUGGCUGUGUGCAUGAUGUGAUGGCUACAGGAGAUUUGGAACUUGCCUCUGUGGUAUGGUAG